ACUAUAGAGGCGCAGGUUUGUUUUAUUUUGGUUCUUCGUCUCUUUCGCUUCCUUACUAUACACGAAUUUUAAGCUGACAAGCGGAAUGAACGAACGUUCCCGAGUAUAAUCGCACGCUGAAAACUAUGACAGCAACGUAAAAUUAUCGAUCGACACUGCGUUGUAUUUUUAUCUAAAAAAAGUAGCUUGCUUGCCAAAGCACACUUCUUCCAACAAACAGAUCCGUUGGUCCCGGCUAGUGAUAUAGGAAUUGCUUACUUAAUUGAUUCAUCUCCGUAGAAUCGAUUCAAUUGUACCUUGUUCCAAAAUGGCCAGCUGGUACAAACGUGCUCUGGUUAAAUAUCCGCUCUUGGUUCAGUCAGUACAAACAGGAAUACUGAUGGGUUCGGGAGACAUCAUUGCGCAAACAUUGAUUGAAAAACAGAAGAUCAAUACUAUUGACAAAAUGCGUGCGUUUAGAUUUUUCGGAAUCGGCUUCUGCAUCGGUGGACCUGGUCUACGGAAAUGGUACGGUCUCCUGGAUAAGCACAUUACCGGCCGCAACAAAGCUAUAGUAACAUUCAAGAAAGUAGCUUUGGAUCAGCUGAUUUUCGCACCCGUGUUUCUGGGCACAUUUAUCGGGACAGUUGGUUUAUUCCAAGGCAACAACCGGCUAGAGAUAGAGCGAAAGCUGAAGAACGAGUAUACCGACAUUUUACUGACGAAUUAUUAUAUCUGGCCGUGGGUGCAGUUGACGAACUUUUACCUUGUGCCAUUGAACUACCAAGUUCUGCUGGUUCAGUUGGUGGCGAUCUUCUGGAACACUUAUCUCUCGUGGAAAACUAAUUGCAAUGAACCUGCUAAAAUAAUGGCCAUGAAGUCGGAAGGCAUUUCUACAGAGGAAGAUACAGCAUUCUAAUAGUGAUGUAGAAUCACUAAUAGAAUCACAAUGUGAUACGGCUCCCAUAGAGAAGAAUAAUUUCAUUAUUUUAUGUGUAAUCAAAUUUAAUUAUUACUUAUGAACUGAAUAUUGUUUUAUAUUUGAACUGUAUAUUACAACCAACGAAAUCACAUAAUAAAACCUAAUCCAUAUUUUAAACAUUA